UCCUUGCCUGGAAUAACAAUCUUCCUUCAGUCCUGCCUUCCUGCCUACUCGCUCGCUCGUCUCCGGAGACACUUGACAUGUCGCUCAUCGAGAAUUUCAUCGACGGGAAGUUUGUCCCAAGCGAUGACUACUUGCCGAACAUCGACCCGGCCACCGGUCAGGUCUACGGUCGAAUCGCCAACUCUACGAAAGAGGACACGCUGAUGGCGAUCGACGCGGCCAAGCGUGCGCAACCAUUAUGGCUCGCGAAGACAAUGUCGGAGAGGGCAUCGAUCCUGAGACGCGUGGCUGAUCUUCUCGAGCAGAAAAUCGAUGAAUUCGCCAACGCCGAGUCCCGAGAUCAAGGGAAACCUGUUUGGCUCGCUGAAAAUGUCGACAUUCCGAGAGCAGUUCACAACUUCCGUCAUUUCGCCAAUAAUGCCGUCAACGAUCGAGAAUUAGCCGUGCCGCAGCCGCGAUCCCAGUUCCUGCAUUACACAACCAGGUCCCCGGUGGGCGUAGUGGGUAUCAUCACGCCAUGGAAUCUCCCUCUUUAUCUGCUCUCAUUCAAGUUGGCUCCAGCCCUAGUGUAUGGAAAUGCGGUCGUGGCGAAACCCUCGGAGCUCACAUCCAUGACGGCCUACAUGCUCGCAAAGCUCUUCGUUGAAGCGGGAUUGCCGGACGGAGUGUGCAAUUUCGUUUUCGGCAGAGGAGUCCCUGUCGGCGAAACACUUUGUACUCAUCCAGACGUGAGAGCGAUUUCCUUCACCGGCAGCACACUCGUCGGAACCAGAAUCGCUCAAAUUGCGGCUCCCAUGGCGAAGAAGUGCUCCCUCGAGAUGGGCGGUAAGAACGCGGCCAUCGUUUUCGCGGACGCCGAUCAACGGAAGUGCGUAAGAACCCUGCUACGAGCAUGCUUCCUCAACCAAGGUGAAAUUUGUCUCUGCACCAGUCGUAUCUUCGUCCAUGAAUCGAUUUACGAGACAUUUGUCGCCGAUUUCGUUCAGCAAACCCGGACAUUGAAAGUGGGACCGCCCUCCGAGAGGGACUCGUUCCUCGGAGCAUUGGUCUCUCGUGAGCAUCUGGAAAAAGUUCGCGGCUACGUCGAUCUGGCGGUCGAGGAAGGCGGGCGAAUGCUCGUCGGAGGAGCCGAGGCCGUCGAAGGUCUCGGUGACGAGCACAAGACCGGAUUUUUCAUGAAUCCCACCAUAUUCGAUGGCUUGGCGGCGGAUUCACGCUGUAUGCAGGAGGAGAUUUUCGGUCCGCUCGUAUGCGUCGCACCGUUCCGUGACGAGGCUGAAGUGAUCGAGAAAACUAAUUCCGUGGAAUUCGGUCUCUGCGCCAGCGUGUGGACAACCGAUGUGCGCCGAGUACACCGCAUUGCCGGAAAACUUGAUGUCGGGACCGUGUGGUUCAAUUGCUGGCUGGUUCGCCACUUGCACAUGCCUUUCGGUGGCACCAAAAUGUCGGGGCUUGGCCGUGAAGGAACGGACGCGUCUCGUGACUUCUACACCGAGUGUAAGACAGUAUGUGUCGAUUUCAACGAAAUCUAGAGCGGAUCGCCGAAGGCUUGCGUUGCCAAAAAGAACCGUUCUGACCGGGCGAGCGAGCGAGCGAGCAAGCAAGCGGGAGGAUCCGUGAGAUGCCAACGACAGGACGGACAGGAGAGGAUAGACAAAAAUGUCACAAGGAUCAAGGUCGCAUAGCUCACAUAGCUGCAUUGAAGCCUUUCGUCGCUUUCCAUAUAAAUAGCCAUGCGAAUAGACUGAGGUGAGGAAGCGGGACCGGGGAAGAGCUCUAUUUGUAUGCAAAUAAUUUCAGCUAGCGCAAAUGUCGUCCUUCUGCUAGCCGCCCUCAUUUCCCUCAGUUCUUCUAAUAAAUGGUAAUUAUCACCUCACC